ACGAGAUUCUGAAGAAUUGGAGUUCUUUUGCCAAAGCUAAAGGAUGUGCCCUGAAAUGGACAUGGCAUGAUGUGCCCCACCCACGACAAGAGGAUGGACAUUCUUGUGGGGUCCAUGUGCUAAUGUUUGCUCAGGCCCUGCUUGAGGGAAAAGGUUUCGUGGAUGGAUAUGCCUCAGUGGAUAUACCCCGGCUGAGGGCACAGUUCUGCAACAUUCUGUUUUCCUCUUUAGAUAGAGGAGUAAAGUGCACAGUGUGUUGGAGUGUCCUGAUGAAAGAUAAGGUGUGCUGUCAGGAAUGUGGUGCACACAGCCAUUUGAGAUGUCAACGAACACCAUGUGGCAUCUGUGUAAUUUCAGGUGAAGGAAACACUAUGUUCGAACAUCUACAAAAAGGAGAAAGUAAGCAGACAGAGGAAAGCACAAGAAGACCUUCAGAGGAUGAGAAGAAACAAGAGGAAGAAGAGAAAAGGGAAACUCACAAAACAGAAAAAGUGGAAGUAAAAAAAAAACAAUCAAAGGGUAAAAAAAUAAAGGCCAGUGAUGCAUCAGAUAGGGAAAAAAAGCAAGACCGCAAGGAAGAAAGACAGCCAGAAACCUUUGAAACUGACAAGGAUACAGGUUUUGAAAAUGAGGAAAUAGAGGCAAGAGACAGAGGAGAUUGUCAUUUGAAUAACCCCACAGACGACAUUAAAGGCAUCAAAGUUUUUGGACGCUUAGUCCUCACUGGUCAGAGAAAGUCCCCGUAUGUUGUCACAAAGGAAGAAAUUCAGUGCAGAAUAGAAGGGGAGAAUAUGUCUUCUAAUGUUUUCAGAGAUCUGCUAGGAGUAAGUUGA